AUGGUUCUCUCGAUCGCCCUCUAUAGGGCGCCGAUAUGGCCGCCCCAACUAUUGGCCACCACCCAAGGCAAGAGCCUCAUGCGCCAGGCGCUGAGGCCGGUGGCAGUGAGGGCGAUUCGGGGGUUCCGCUCCAUUUCACAUAUAGCGGCGACGACCCUGGUUGGUUCCCCCCCCGUGGAUCUCCUUGCCGAGGAACGCAGUAUCCUCUACUGGAGAGACAAGGAGCUCCGCGAAAGGGCGGGACUAACGGCCAGGGUUUUGGUUGCCCUGUGGUCCCGGGUGGUUGUACGGACCCUGGAGCGCAGGAUGGGGAGCGGGCUGACAUUUCAUCUGGUGCAGGUGAUGACCGGACACUGGUGUUUCGGUAAUUACCUGCACCAGAUAAAGAAGAAGUCCACGACCGGGUGCCACCACUGCCCGGAGCCGGAUGACACCGUGCAUCACACACUGGCCGAAUGGGCCCAGCAUGGGCCAGGGAGCGCGGUGUCCUGGCCCGGGUAG